GCUGUGUCAUGCCAGCAGAUUUAUUUUUAGCCAGUUUUUUUUUUUUGAAAGGCAGACUGGAACCUACCAUCCUAUACACGGGGCAAAGAGAAACAGGGAAUACGGGGAAAGCUGGGGAGGGGCUUUUCAGCUCAUCUAACCUGACUGAUGCUGUGACUACAGGAAGCGACCGACACACUCCAUCACACUCGGGACACACCCUUUCCUACCACACAGUGUGGUACAGUGCAGUGCAGUGGACAGGAGGUGGUUGAGAAACGGUGAGAGUUUGUAUAACAGGCAGCAACUGCCUGAACAGAGGGAGGGAUGGGAAUGCUGAAUCAGUGAAAAUGCAUGAAAGCCUGGGAGAGGGUGGAAGAGGGUAAACGGCAGGGGGAGAGGGAAGAGAAAGGUAACAGCGAGGGGUAGGCUGGGUAAAAUGUACAGUGUGAUUCCUUGUCGUUCAUUCAUCUAUAAUUUGUGAAUAUUGAGCUGGCAGUUCACCCUGAUUUACAUCAAGCUUCUCCUUAAGAGUCUUGCAUCUCAGUGCUGAUUUACAGUACAGUGCCUUUAAGCUGGAAUUGUCCCUUUACAGUGUUCAAUAAGUCAGGAAAGUCUCUCAGCUCUCAGUCAGAUGGAGGUAGACCAGAUGGUGCCUUUGCCAAGGUUGCCCCGGGUCGCCGUGUGUGGAGGUACCCAUGGCAAUGAGCUGUCCGGUGUGUAUUUGGUGCGAGAGCUGCUGAAACUGCAGAGAGAAGUUAUGAAGAAAGAGCAAGAGGAGGACUCGAAGCCUGCGUUGGUGCUGCUGGUGCUGUCAAACCCGCGGGCAAUGCAGCAUUGUCGCCGAUACGUAGACACUGAUCUGAACCGCUGCUUUACCCACGCCACCCUCAAUGGUCCCUUCUCAGACAUGGCCCCCUAUGAGAUCAUCAGGUCCCGAGAGCUGAACGCCCUGCUAGGACCCAAGGGCAGUCCGGAGGCAGUGGAUCUGGUCUGCGACCUCCACAACACCACUGCCAACAUGGGCCUGUGCUUCAUCGGAUACUCUGACUGUGACUGGAUCUGCCUGCACAUAUUUAGACACCUGCAAAGGGAGAUGCCAGAUACACCAAUGAGAUUCCUACAUUUUGAUGUGUCCAACAAAGAGUCCUAUUCCCUUGAUUCACUGGGAAAACAUGGCUUUGCCAUGGAGAUCGGCCCUCAGCCUCACGGCGUGGUGAGGUCAAACAUCUAUACAGCAAUGAAAGUGGGUGUCCAGCACAUGCUUGACUGGGUCCGCCUCUUUAACUCAGGUAAUGUGUUUGAGGGAGGAUUUGUGGACGUGUUCACCAUGGUUAAACACAUCGACUACCCGAGAGACAGCGAGACCCGCAAUAUCACAGCAGCCAUUCAUCCUUGUCUCCAGGACCGAGACUUCUGCCUGCUCCACCCUGAAGACCCGCUGUUCCAGACGUUCUCAGGAGAAACAGUGAGGUAUAAAGGCACUGAACCUCUCUAUCCUUUCUUCAUCAACGAAUGCGCUUACUACGAGAAGGGCAUCGCUCUCUCCCUGGCAAGAAAGAGGCGCAUCACGAUUCCUGCAAUCCGGGUGCAGACGGAGCAGGAGCAACAAGCUAAUGAGCAGGGAUUUGCAUCAGAAGAAGAGGAGUGAAGACGUUUCCAACACGAGAGUGAUGGCUGAAUUAAAUUUUUACAAAAGCUUUCAUUGAAAUGAUGGCAUGCGUUAUCUUUCACAGACAUGCCACUGUGCAUUCAGGAAUUAAGUUUCUAGUAAGAAUUGAAUGUGUAAAAACAGAUGGCAUGAAUUCAUAGGCAAUUUAAUUAUUUUAAAUAUUUAAAUUAAAAAAAUAGAAAUUCACUACCGAUUACUACAGCGAUGAUCAGGAUAUGUUCAAAAUGAAGUGCGAAGAAGCUUGUAAUAAUAUGACCUUUAAAGUACAGUCACUGUACUGUUUCAGGUUCCUUGAAAUUAAUAAGUCAACUGAGGAACAUAUAUAGAUCAAAUAAACAACAUAAACACCAGAUUAAAAACCAAUUCACAAGAAAAUUACUUUUUGAAUGUAAGCGGUCAGCAAAACAAAUUAGUGAAUGAGCACUACUGUAUUUGCCUCCUUUUCUACAAAAUCCGUGACAACAUGAUAAAUAUGAUCAAAAAAAGUACACUGGGUAAACAAAUUAUACCACAAUCUGAACCUAAAAACUAGCAUAAAUUCUAAAUGAGUAAAUAUAACUUGAGUGAAACAAUUACGGAAAUGUAUGCAAAGUAUGUUCCCCUGAAAUCAUGGGAACAUACUGCAAUGACAGUAAUCAGUGUCACUGCCUUUGUUCUUUUGUUCUUCCCGAGGCCAAAUUCUUUCAGUCUGUUCCAAAGAAGCUACAUAAAAAACUCCAUUACGAAACAACUGGCUGAGCUGACAAAAAGCAUGUGCGUUUUUGUUAUACUCGGGGUGUGCCCAGUAGCUGAAAGUGGAUGAACUAAAUAUAUAAGGAUUAGUUUCAACUGUGAAUCAUGCCAAGAUAUUCUUUUACAGAUGGCUACUACAGGCUGAAAUGUGUACGAUAGGUCCACUUUCAAAAUGGCUCUGCUCUGUUCCCCAUCUAUCGUGACAUGCUGUACAACCACAAACUGUAUAUAAAAGAUGGACACUGUGACCAUGCUAUGUCAUUAUAGUUUUCAGACCUUUUGACAUUUUGUUUUAAAAAGUAAAACAAAUCAACAGACUGAACCAUACUCUGUGGAGCUAUGGACAUUUGACUAUUGAUAUUGUUAGCUGCCAUGGUUAGCAUGGCAAAUCUAUAAUUCACUGUGACAUAAAAUAGGCUGGGUAUUUUGUUUGCCCCAAAAAACAGGUAUAAAGCAAAAUAUAAUUAUAAUUUGCAAUGUUAUAAUUACUUUGAAAGUAUUUGUCAAACUGAAAUUACAUUUACAUAAAUAACCUACUUUUAGAUCAAUGUUCCCUCUAAGCUGCGCGUGCGCAAUUGCGCACUGCUGGCAUGGUCUCUGCGCACAGAAAUGAAAUCUAACCUGAACUAAAAUUAACUCAUUCACUGCC